AUCACCAAGAACAUAUUAGCCAGACAUCUCCGCAUCUUGUAUGUGCCUGGAAUACCGCGUGGAACAAUGCAGUUCGAACUCUACGGUAUAUUCGGAGGAGAACCAUCUUUGAAAGUGAGCACAUCUCCUGGUUAUCCCGAUAAGAGGAUGGUCUUAUUCCAUCCACCGAUAUUCUCAGACAACUCCCUUGUCAACUUCACGGUUCGAGCCUCGCGUGAAGCGAUCCUUAUCUCUUGUCACCAUCCAUUCGGCCUCCAAAAGACAAACAACUCUAGUCGCUGCUCUGAAAUGUCAUUCUAUCGGGGUUGCCGUAGGAACGUAGUCUCUUUGAGGUUCUUCAAUAAUACGAAGCGAGAUAAACCAGUAUCUUCCGAGACUCUUCGUUGGGAAACAGAUGUCGAAAAUGAAGACGAGUCGCAAAGAAUCUCGGUCUCCUGGAGGAAGCUUAAUGACAGUCAUGAAGAGAUUUCCUUGACACGAGGCAUGGAGGUCAUUUCAGUCUCUCGUGUUUGGGCUGUGUCGAGCACCCACUUGAGAUAUAUCGGGGUAUCCGAAAGGCAACUUGGCGACAGUGCACCUACGACUGAUGAGGAGCACGGGGAAGAGGCAAAAGAGGAAAUUGAUGCUGUCAGUGCAGCUUUUGCUGCUGAUGAUGAUGAUGACGGAGAGGAAGAGCAUGGGAGUGUUGGUGGCGAAAGGGAAGGUGACGAUGUGGACGAUGGUGGUGCUGCCGCCGAUAAUGAUGAUAAUCAUGAUAAUGGUAAGGGUGGUGGUGAUGGUGGCGGCGGAUAUGAUGAUGAUGACGGGAAGAAAGAUCAUGACGGUGCUGCUGGCGAAAAAGAUGGCGCAAAUGACGACGAUGGUGGUGGUGCCAGUGAUAACGAUGAUAACGAUCGAAGUGGCGGUGAUGAUGUCGGUGGUUAUGAUGAUGACGGGGAGGAAGAGUACGGGGAUGCUGGUGAACGCGACAAUGUCGACGAUGGUGGUGUUGACGCUGAUAACGUUGAUUACAGUGGGUAUGGUGGUGUUGGUGGUGAUGAUAGUAAUAAUGAUGAUGUCAUUAACCCUGAUGCUUCUAACAGUGAAAUUGCUGCUGAUUCUGUUGCUGAUGGUGAUGCUGGGCAUCUUGAUGGUGAGCUUGCCUGCGAUGCUGAUGAUGUGACCACUUUUGAGACAAAUGACUGGGAAUUCGACUCUCCUGAGAUCUGCGUUCGCUGACGGUGCAGCUUAAUCGACUGUAAUCAAGGACUUAAAUGCACACAGUCGUUUACUAUCAAUAAUACAUAUAGCAUUUCCAGUAAUGUUAAUGUAUGAUUCAAAUGCACUUUAAAUUAAUAACUGAGUAGACACGUCAGUCAUUUCACAUUGCAACAAUAAGCCAAGCCAAGUAUUUUGAUGAUUUGACUUGCACAAAUAUUCUUAAUCUAGAUAGUAUGCCAUUUGACAUGAUUAAAUGUUCCAAAUCUAUAAACACGUUGGUCAUUUGAGUAUAGACAUUUUGGCCACCGUAUAUUGCAAGAAUAUUCAAAGUCUGGACAGUUUAGUCACUUACAUUACAAAACAUUCGAAGUAUUAUAUACAAAUUGGUAUUUUGCAUCAUUACACUUGUCAUGCUUGUGGCACUAUUCUCAGUGUGUUUUUGGUAAUUUCACUUUUUAUUGAAAAUAGUCAAAGUGUGGCCCAUUUGGUCAUAACCUAUGUUCAGUCAUUUUUGUUAGAUUAUUGUAGGCCUAAACAAUUUUCUGAGUAUGGACAUAUUGGUCAAAAUGCAUUUAUACUAUAGUAUUGAUACCUGAUGAAUUCAUUAAUUUCAUAUAUAGUGCACCAAGAAUACCACCACAGGAUCACCACAUCACCUGAAGCACUGGCAGCACCUGAGAUAGCACAACCCUCUCCAGGACAGUGUGUACGCUUUUUGGGAGAGUAUUUCUUCAAGGUUCAAGGUUCAUUAAUGUUUAUCAAAAUAAAAAAUAUUGAAGUCUUGUAUAUUAUUAUUCUUUGGCCCGUAUCAAAUCUUGCAUUUCUGUCAAAGGUUCUUGAAACAGUCGUAUCACGACAGUUACUCCUGACCUUUCGCUGGAGAACGCGAACGCUUAUUUACGACGGUGGUUGAUUUUGGAAGAGAGUUUUGGGCCCGUCGUAAAAGACUGUCCUGCAAUUUAAAUUAUGUGACAUGAGGAUUUUGUUUAGCUUUCGCAUCUGCAACGGAAACAUCAAUAUGCGAUUCGUGUGCAAAAUACUAUGGUAACAGCGACAUAUCCGAUUUAGGACGACUUUCCAGAGCCACAUUUGGUUCCUCCCGGAGCUCGAGAGGUCGCCCGGGGGGCCCACUUCCAUUGACGAGUGGAUACCAGGCGCGACCACGCGUAAAAAGGAAAGAGUGGGCAAGUACGUUACGUAUAUAUAUAGGCCUAUAUGUAACGUUAUAAGGGUGUCAAAAACGAUGUUUAAAAUACUGAAAAAGGGGAUACAUUUCCAAUACAAUUCUUGUAGGGUUUCACAAGCCAAAUACUUGUUAAGGGAUGCAUUUUCAUAAUCUGGAAAAGACUUGCUUCCCAUGUUUAGGGUGCUUUUCGAAACCCCGUGGUCGCGCGCCUGGUAUCCACUCGUCAAUGGAAGUGGUUCCCCCCGAAAAUUUGAAUCUAAUCACCCAUUUCGGCAUGUUUGGGGGAAAGUAAAACAUAAUGCCCAUUACCUUGUGUGCUAGAGGCAAAUCGUUUGUGUAAAAGGAGUAGGUAAAAGAAAAAAGCCGCAAAUUCGGAUGAUGUUCAGACAGAUAGGCCUAUUGCAUAUGCUGUGUACAUAUCAACGCAUGCGAAAUGGUUUCGGCUGGAGAGGUGAUUUGACCCAAAUAAUAAAUUGCCAGUGAUCCACCAAUAAUCCACAUUAGACAAUGUUAGAUGCAAUAUCGAUUCGAUGGACUGUAAUGAUCUAUAUCUAAGCCUCAAUUCAGUAAGUUUUUCCUCAAUAUGUACUCGAUUUGUUUGAAAAACCACUUUCUUAUCCAUGUCAUAAUCGAAUGUAGGCAAAGCAUUUCGAAUAUCUCCAGCCAGCUGUCAUAGUAGAGGCUCGCCGCCGGCUCCGGGGGCAGACGCUGAUGACCAGUCGUACAUGCAUGAAAGCGGAAUUUAAUCUCGCAGCAUGGUGCGGGUGUCGCGUGAAAGAAUUUUGCACACGAUCGAAAAGCAGAUCUAUAGGGCCUGUAACACAAAGCUUAGCAAUGAUUGUAGAGCAGUUUUCUACGUUUGAUUCUAUUGACUAAAAUGUACUAUCAAUCUUAUAAAUCGAGUGUAUGAUUAAUCGUUCACUUUUACUGGAUACUAAUGUCGCGUUCAAGAGGUUUGCGAAAACUCGCAACUGGCGCAUCUGGAACGUUGUUUAAUUAUAUAUAGGGCCUAUGUAUAUCAGGCAAUACAACGUGUACUAAAUGCAAUAUAUAUAUAAGAGUUGACCUCAAGUUAGGACACUUCAAGUGAUUACCUGACCUGAAGUCAUAUUCGUGAACUUCGUGAAUUCUUGAUUUUUUUACCUCUGAUAGUGUACUCUAAUUACCUUAUCAUCCAAAGAGAGUACGGUAGGGGAGGGUGGUCGCGUAUGAGAACAGCCACUUCGUGGCUACUGUACGAGGUGUGUCUGCAGGGCUUUAGAGCGAUAGCUGUUGAUAGUGUAGUCUUAUUCAAGGACCAAAUAAAUAAGUGAAAAAAUGAUAUAUAAAUUGUUUUGUGUUGUUUUUGCUUUUCUUGUCCAAAUUGUCAUGAAUGUGAUAAAGGCUCCA